AUGGAUAGGGAAGGCCCUCCUACCAAGAAGAGGAGAUUCUUUACAGAAAAAUCGGAAACCCUCGAUACCUCUUCAACACAAGAGGCUUCACUGCACAACGGGAGCGACGCGUUAUCCACGGCAGCGGAAGAAAAUGGAGGAGAUGUGCCAAAUGGAACCGGAAUAGCAGAACCUCGAAAUUCACAUGCGGAAAAAGAAGAUGUGAAUCAUGCUAACAGCCAUGCUCUCGGUUUUGACCGGGACACUUUCGAAAGCUUCGUUGGAGACAGAGUAGCACCCGACGUGUUGAGGCGAUUACGGGAGGCGUCUGGGGAUAAUAUGGAGAGAGCCGUCAAUAUGUAUUUUGACGGAUCGUGGAAGACUGCUGCGACGAUAUCUGGGCCUUCUCGCAACGAUUCGAACCCUAGACCUUUAGCCAUUAACGGCUUUACGAAGCCGACCACGAGUGGCAAUGGGACUCAGACCUCCACAAUGAGAACCGAAAGUCCCAAAGCCUCACUGCGAGAUGCAAUGCCAGAUUAUAGAUAUGUUGGUGCGUUCGGGGUGGGGGCCUGGGCAACAAGGAGUGGCACGGCUUUGAUUAAGCAUGGAGAGGUCGUUCGUAUUGAACGUCAGAAGAUACAACCACCCAAGGCACACAUUGGUAGAGGAAGAGGAAGGCUGGCCGUUCCUCAAACUCCUCCAAAACCGAGCAAUGCUGCCGCCAAGCGAGUGGAUGUUGUUGUGCGGUUUACAAACUCGAGGGGAGAGGAGGUUGGCCGAUUACCUCGAGAAACAGCCAAUUGGGUUUCAACUUUGAUUGAUCAGAAAGUCUGCAGAUUCGAAGGUAUCUGCGUUUACGCUCCGGAAAGGAUAAGGACCAACGACACUAUAUUUCUGCAAUUACGCUGUUCGUUACUCAAGACCGCAUUCGACACUGGCGGCUUCAAGCCAUCGGAUAAUAGGACGACCGGUUUAUUUGCCGAAAAGGAGACAUCAGAAGAGAAGGAUUUGCGACUGCGACAAGUGGCUCUUGUGAAGUUGUUUGACGAGGUGAAUUUAUUACCAUCUAAGACCUCAGCCACGACCGCGAAACAUAAACGUGACGGUUUACUUCAAGCAGCGGAGAUAGCGGAACAGUAUGAGAAUAAACAGACCAAAAAGGGGCAAUCUAGUGAAAACCCAGGGUCUUCUCCUCCAUCCGAAGAAGCUGAGGAGGGAAAAGAACUCGAGCAAGAUCAAUUAGAUACACUUUACAAGAAGGCGCAGUCCUUCGAUUUCGAUGCGCCGGCGGCUGAACCAGCAGAGACGUUUGCCAUGGAUCUGCGGCAUUAUCAAAAGCAAGCUUUACACUGGAUGAUAUCCAAGGAAAAAGACGAGAAGGAUGAGAGUAGAGAGGUCUCGAUGCAUCCUCUCUGGGAAGAAUACCUCUGGCCCACCAAGGAUAUGGAGGACAAAGAAUUGCCUCAAGUUGUAAACCAGGAAAGAUUCUACGUUAAUCCCUAUUCCGGCGAGCUUUCACUCGAUUUCCCUGUCCAAGAACAACAUUGUCUGGGAGGCAUCCUCGCCGAUGAGAUGGGACUGGGCAAGACUAUUGAGAUGAUGAGCUUAAUUCACUCUCAUAAGUCUGAAAUUGCUGCAACGCUGACAAAGUCACCUCCAAAUUCCGUUAAAAAUCUUCCAAGAUUUGUUUCCCGUAUGAACUCUGUUGAACGAGCGCCAUGCACUACUCUCGUUGUAGCGCCAAUGUCACUUCUUGCUCAGUGGCAGAGCGAGGCCGAGAAUGCUUCGAAGGAGGGCACUUUGAAAAGCAUGGUGUAUUAUGGGAACGACAAAACUAGUAACCUUCAAGCCUUAUGCUGCGAGGCCAACGCUGCUUCGGCGCCCAAUGUGAUCAUAACCAGCUACGGUGUCAUACUUUCGGAGUUCAACCAAGUGGUUGCCAGAAACGGGGACAGAGGAACAGGAAUAUUUUCUUUGAGAUACUUCCGUGUGAUAUUGGAUGAAGCUCAUCAUAUCAAGAAUAGGAUGGCUAAGAGCUCUAAGGCGUGCUAUGAAAUUGAAGCCGAGCAUCGAUGGGUGUUGACUGGCACUCCUAUCGUCAAUCGACUAGAAGACCUCUUCAGUUUAGUCCGCUUCCUGAGAGUAGAGCCUUGGAACAAUUUCUCAUUCUGGAAGACCUUUAUUACAGUCCCAUUCGAGUCCAAAGAUUUUAUGCGGGCUCUUGAUGUUGUUCAAACUGUUCUGGAACCCCUUGUCUUGCGAAGGACGAAGGACAUGAAAACACCCACGGGCGAGGCGUUGGUGCCUUUGCCUCCAAAGACUAUCGAUAUCGUUGAGAUCGAGCUUUCAAAGCCCGAACGAGAGGUCUACGAUCAUAUUUUUACACGCGCGAAACGCGCUUUUGCAGCCAACGUUGAAGCCGGAACAGUUAUGAAAGCCUAUACCAGUAUCUUUGCCCAGAUUCUCCGACUUCGCCAAUCCUGCUGCCAUCCUAUCCUAACCCGCAAUCGAGACAUCGUUGCAGAUGAAGAAGAAGCUGCCGAAGUAGCUAACGCAGCCAGUGGGCUGGAAGACGAUAUGGACCUGCAAUCCCUGAUCGAGCGCUUCACUGCAGCCACAGAAGACUCUACUGAUGCAAAUCGGUUUGGCGCUCAUGUGCUCGAGCAAAUACGUGACGAGGCUGAGAACGAAUGCCCAAUCUGCGCAGAAGAGCCAAUGAUCGAGCAGACUGUCACAGGAUGCUGGCACUCGGCCUGUAAAAAAUGCCUUCUGGACUACAUAACGCAUCAAACGGACAAAGGCGAAUCGCCUCGCUGCUUCAACUGCAGAGAAGUUAUCAAUUCCCGCGAUAUAUUUGAGGUAGUCAGGGAUGAGGGGCAUCCUGACAGCUUGGAUGGGAAGCCCAAAAUCAGCUUGCAGAGAUUGGGAUCCAACUCCUCUGCUAAAAUCGGUGCGCUUCUUAACCAUCUCAAAGCUUUGAGAAGAGACCUUCCAGGUACCAAGUCUGUGGUCUUCAGCCAAUUCACAUCCUUCCUCUCUCUCAUCGAACCCGCUCUCACCCGCGCCUCCAUUCCUUUUCUCCGACUCGACGGCUCGAUGAGCCAGAAGGCCCGUGCUGCCGUUCUCACUGAGUUUGCUACAUCCAAGAAAGGAAUAGUUCUCCUCCUCAGUUUGCGAGCUGGUGGCGUAGGCUUGAACCUGACGAUGGCGAAGAGGGUGUAUAUGAUGGAUCCAUGGUGGAGUUUCGCCGUCGAGGCUCAGGCUAUUGAUCGCGUGCACCGCAUGGGGCAAGUAGACGAGGUCAAGGUUUGCAGGUUCAUCGUAAAGGAAAGUGUGGAAGAGAGGAUGCUGAAGGUCCAGGACCGCAAGAAGUUUAUUGCAAGCUCACUUGGUAUGAUGAGCGAUGAAGAAAAGAAGCUGCAGCGGAUUGAGGAUAUCAAGGAGUUGCUGAGUUGA